AUGCAUUUCGCCCUCGCCUCGACGUCAGGCCCGGCAACAGAGUCGUCCACAGGGUCCGCAAACGGGUCAGAAACCACACUCUUGUCCUCGUACCGGCUCUCGUCGUCGCUGUGGCACGACGGGCGCACAGAACCGCCAAGAGUCCACUCGUCGUACAGCCAGCAGUACAUCCUUGCACCAACAACGGCAAAGAGCACCGGGGGCAGCAGCAGGCCAGCCACAAACAGCUGGCGGUCAGUGUUGUGCGGAAAGUGUACUUACUGGCGCGAUGUGUCUGAUAAACGUGUUUUGGAGCGCGCAGACGUGGCAGUCGCAGAAAUGUUCCUGGUAGCUGUCGCUUUCCAGCUCCUCGACUCUUCCUAA